ACUAUGAUCCGCUGUACCCACGUCUAACAACAUGACGUUGGCAACAUUUUUUUCUGGGAACCCGACGCAUGUCGGUCAUCAUCACCACUUCUCGCCGCAUCCUAGUCUUGCGAAGCACCAGGUUUCGUCAUCCGAAUCGACUCGUCAUCGUUCGUGCACAUGAGGACCCUCGUCGUCUAUCGUUCCCCUCGCCCUCCCCAUCCAAGCCCUGACAGCUCGAGGGAUGCUGCGCGGGAACUACUGGUACAGACAGUUUCACAUCAGCCGCUCCCUUCGCUCGCCUCAGCCAACCGUGAAGACGAGCUCAAAGCCUUCUUGUUGGAGGCGAACAUCGCCGCCGUCGCCAUCUUCGUCGCCGGAAGAGAGCGGACCAAAGCGAAAGUCGCCGGUCGCCUCGGGAGUCCCUGCCGUGAUCAGAUGGAACAUGGCCAUAACUUCCCACAUGCGCAAUGGGCAAUGCGAGGCCGCUCUGAGGGUCUUCAACUCGAUGCCCUGCCGGAGCACCGUCUCUUACAAUGCCAUGAUCUCUGGGUACUUGCAGAAUGACAAGUUCAGUCUUGCCAGGCAAGUGUUCGACGGAAUGCCCGAGACCGCGAGAGAUUUGGUUUCGUGGAAUCUGAUGAUCUCUGGGUAUGUGAAGAAUAGGGACCUUUUUGCAGCUCGGGCGCUGUUUGGGUGGAUGCCCACGAGGGAUGUAGUCUCUUGGAAUGCGAUGUUGUCGGGUUAUGCCCAGUAUGGGUAUGUUGAUGAGGCACGCGGCAUAUUUGAUGAGAUGCCGACUAGGGAUGCCGUGUCGUGGAACGGGUUGCUCGCGGCGUACGUACAGAACGGAAGGCUAGAGGAGGCGCGGAUGUUGUUUGACUCGAAGACAGAUUGGGAGGUGGUACCUUGGAAUUGUUUGAUGGCUGGGUAUGUGAAGAAGAAGCGGUUUGUUGAUGCUAGGAAUCUUUUUGAUAGGAUGCCGGUUAAAGAUGAAGUCUCAUGGAAUACAAUGAUUACCGGUUAUGCGCAGAAUGGUGAGUUGUCUGAAGCAAGGAGACUGUUUGAGGAGUCACCGACUAAGGAUGUUUUUGCAUGGACAGCAAUCUUGUCUGGUUAUGUGCAGAAUGGAUUGUUGGAUGAAGCAAGAAGGAUUUUCGAUGAGAUGCCAGAAAAGAAUACAGUUUCUUGGAAUGCAAUGAUUGCUGGUUAUGUUCAAUAUAAGAAAAUAGACAUGGCAAAGGAGUUAUUCGAGGCAAUGCCAUGUCGAAACAUUGCUUCAUGUAAUACAAUGAUCACAUGCUAUGCUCAGAGUGGCAAUAUUUCUCAAGCUAGAAGUUUGUUUGAUGAGAUGCCUCAGCGUGACUGCAUCUCCUGGGCAGCCAUUAUUGCUGGUUAUGCUCAAACUGGUCAUUGCGAGGAGGCUUUGCAUCAGUUUGUAGAGAUGAACAGAGCUAGAGAAAGAUUAAAUAGGUCUGCUUUUACAUGUUCAUUGAGUGCAUGUGCUGAUAUUGCUGCCUUGGAGUUGGGAAAGCAAAUGCAUAGCCGACUAGUCAAGGCGGGAUAUGUGUCUCGGUGGUUUGUGGGGAAUGCACUUUUGUCAAUGUAUUGCAAGUGUGGAAGCAUAGAAGAAGCUUAUGAUGCAUUUCAAGAUAUAUCGGACAAGGAUGUUGUCUCAUGGAAUACUAUGAUUGCUGGUUAUGCAAGGCAUGGAUUUGGAAAAGAAGCUUUGGUGAUUUUUGAGUCAAUGCAGGCAGCAGGCAUCAAACCUGACGAUGUAACAAUGGUUGGUGUGUUGUCUGCUUGUGCCCAUAAUGGUUUAGUCGAGAGAGGGCUGAAAUACUUCCAUACGAUGCAUGAGGAUUAUGGUAUAACAGCAAAUGACAAGCAUUACACUUGCAUGAUUGAUCUUCUUGGUCGAUCUGGACAGCUGGCUGAGGUGGUUAAGUUGAUGAAAGACAUGCCUUUUGAGCCUGAUGCUGCAACAUGGGGUGCUCUACUAGGUGCAAGCAGGAUUCAUGGCAACACUGAACUAGGUGAGAAAGCCGCAAAGAUGAUUUUUGAGAUGCAACCUGAGAAUUCUGGCAUGUACGUACUCCUCUCAAACUUAUAUGCAGCAUCUGGUAGAUGGGCUGAUGUGGGUAGAAUGAGAUUGAAGAUGAGGAACAAAGGUGUAAAGAAAGUGCCUGGUUAUAGUUGGAUUGAGGUCCAGAACAAGAUCCAUACAUUCUCUGUUGGUGACCCUUUCCACCCGGAAAAAGAUAGAAUAUAUGCCUUUCUAGAAGAGUUAGAUUUGAAAAUAAAGCUUGCAGGGUAUGUUCCGUCAACCAAGUUGGUUUUGCACGACGUGGAAGAAGAAGAGAAGGAGCAGAUGCUAAAGUAUCAUAGCGAGAGGUUGGCUGUAGCAUUUGGCAUCUUGUCGGUUCCUGCUGGUAGACCAAUCCGAGUGAUCAAAAACUUGAGAGUUUGUGGGGACUGCCACAAUGCAUUAAAAUGCAUUUCAAAAAUUGUAGACAGAUUGAUAAUCUUAAGAGAUAAUCACCGUUUUCACCACUUUAGUGGGGGUUCAUGUUCUUGUGGGGAUUAUUGGUGAGAAUAAAGAGAAAUUUAGUGGAAAGUUAAAUAUGCCAUUAGACAUUUUUAUAAGACAGAAACAGAUUUGGCUACACUGUUGGGAACUUGUAGGCUGGAAAAGGGAAAAUAAGAAAGACACAGGCUAUCUUUUCCAGCAACACUGGGUCUAAAUUGCACUUAUAAUUGAUCUCUGUGGGCUUUUUCAGCAGUUGAUCGGAAGGAGGAUAUCCGUAAGUAUAUUGCGUGCUUCCAUUCCUCUGGACUCAUCUUCCCAGCGAUUGCUUGGCCAACAGUUUUAAGAGCAAGUGGCAAGCCUUUGUACUCUUCAAUCACCCCAGCAAUUGCUUGGCCACAUACUUCUCCAUUUGGUAUCUCCUCCGAUGGAGGAUGAGCAGACACGUCUGUGACGAUUUCGAAGCUGUGACCCUUAUCCACGAGUUCUUUCACUUCAUUCUGCUUCGUCUCAACCAACUUGCCAAGCUUGUAGAUGGACACGCAGUUCUUUGGACAGCACCUCCCAUACACUUCUUCCUAAUCUCUCCGUCGCCUUUCGACAGAAUGUCAGUUUCCAUGCUUUUAAUCCACCGAUUCUCUGCUGUUGUUGCUUGGCAAGUUCAGCUUUUCUUCACGUCACUGCAGAGAUUAUUGAGUUGUUCCUUGGCUAUCUCCAAGAUCUUGAGUCUCUUGAAGGUCCAUGCAGUAGGAGGCAUGCUUGGAACUGCAAUCCGAUAACUUUGGGAGCAUCUCCAAGAUUGGACUCACCAAAUGUAUGGUGAAACAGCAGCGUUAUGCACUUAAUUACACACUAGAUGAAGUUUAUAACAAUGAAUGACAUCAACUCCGAAUACUGGAGGUCGUGUAGUCUUCAUGUGGUGUGGGCAGUAUUAUUUUACAGGUCGACUAAUAUCUCUGCAAGACAACUGAUCACACAAUGCUGUUUUUUUUCCUUGAACGUCAAUCAUGGGACCACCUGUUUUUUCUCCAUUGUCAGAUUGGGCGAGAAACUAGAGCAAUUUUUAGGUGCUUUUGGAAGCAGCCGU